GGUACAUCAACAAUGUAGCCAUAUCACCUAUAAUGAAUUCGAUGAAAAAUUGGACUGUAAAUGUUUAUUCUUAUCAGAAAAUUAAUCACUUGAAUAGAUUGAAAUCGAAAUCGGAUCUAUCAUUAAACGAAUCAAUGUUGUCGAAUGAAAUGGAUGAAAAUAAAACCAUAUCAGAUCAUGAAACGACAAGUCUAUUGGAAUUCAUUGUCGGUGAUGAACAUCGUCGUUUUAAAGGAUCAAAUCAUUUUAUUGUUGGCUGUGCUGCUGAAAUUUCAUCAAUAGAAAAUGUAUCAUUGAAAUCUGAACCUAGUCAAAAUGCAGAUAUUUCAAAGCCAAUAAUCGAGGGUCUGAACACUGAAUAUCAAAUCGGCGAUCUUGUUCGUGUUAGAUGUUGGCUGCCAGCAAAUAAAUUAACCAUAAAUAUUAGAAUCGAAUGGAUAAUUAGUGAAAAAUAUAAGUAUAUACCGGCCAAAAUGACUAAAGAAAAGAAACGUGGCGGUUAUUCAGUAGAAUUGUGUUUUCGAUUAACGAACAAACAUCUUGAUGAUCAAGGUUCAUUUUCAUUGAAAUGUAGAAGUAUUCAAAAAAUGAAAAUUGAUAAAAUCAAUUCCACACAAUCAUCGACCAUUAAAAAUGAUACCGAAGAAAACAAAACAAAAUGGCCUGCAAUGUCUACCUCAUUUGAAGGAGCAAUCAUACCGAUCGUAGUCAUUCUGGCUGUUGUAAUAUUUGGUUAAAAUUUAUACGAUUAUUUAAAAUAUGUUUUAUGCUGAUUUAUUUUAU